GCAGGCUCUUUUUAACCCACAUACAAAAAAGAGUGAGGCGGUCCCUGAGCUGCAUUGCUCCAUCCUCCGCCCGGAUCCUCGGUUGAAGCCACUCCAAUGUAGUGCAGGCAGCAGUUCUGCUAAACGUUCAUUGUUCAUUCCUCCCCUUACCUCUCUCCCCGUCUGUCUCUCUCCGACGCUCGGUUAGCAGCAUUGCCCAUCGCCCGCGAGAGAUGAAGCGAGGAUUUAUCAAGGAUGCGCUCCUCAUGUUGCUCAAUGCCGCUGUGUUUGCAACAUCCGCGGCGCAUCAGAAGCUUUACACCAACCACUUCUUGGUGGAGUUACACGGAGGAGGGGACGAUAUCGCCCAACGAGUUGCUGCAGAUACUGGCUUCAUUGGUGUCAGAAAGCUCCCAUUUGCAGAAGAACUCUAUCACUUCACUCAUAAUGGUAUUCCAAAGGCCAGAAGAAGACGCAGUAUUCGGCAUAAGCUUUAUCUGGUGAAGGACCCAAGGGUAAAACAUGCCCUGCAGCAAGAAGCGUUUAACAGAAGGAAGCGAGGAUAUCGAAGCAUCAGUGAAAUUGGUAUCAUGAUGAAUGAUCCUUUGUUUACUAAACAAUGGUAUCUUGUAAACACAGGUCAAGCAGAUGGAACCCCUGGCUUAGACCUUAAUGUUGCCGAGGCUUGGGAAUUGGGUUAUACUGGAAAAGGAGUGACUAUAGCGAUCAUGGAUGAUGGGAUUGAUUACUUGCACCCUGACCUUGCUGAAAACUAUAAUGCAGAAGCCAGCUAUGAUUUCAGCAGCAAUGAUCCAUAUCCAUACCCACGCUACACAGAUGAUUGGUUUAACAGCCAUGGAACGAGGUGCGCUGGUGAAGUAUCUGCUGCUGCCAAUAACAACAUAUGUGGUGUGGGGGUGGCUUACUCAUCAAGAGUGGCAGGUAUCCGUAUGCUGGACCAGCCAUUCAUGACUGACAUAAUAGAAGCUUCUUCCAUCAGUCACAUGCCUCAGGUUAUAGACAUCUACAGUGCCAGUUGGGGGCCAACUGAUGAUGGCAAAACAGUGGAUGGACCUCGUGAGUUGACCUUACAGGCCAUGGCUGAUGGUGUUAAUAAGGGCCGGAAUGGAAAGGGAAGUAUCUAUGUGUGGGCCUCUGGGGACGGGGGCAGCUAUGAUGACUGCAACUGUGAUGGCUAUGCGUCGAGCAUGUGGACUAUCUCCAUCAACUCUGCCAUUAAUGAUGGGAGGACAGCACUUUAUGAUGAAAGCUGCUCCUCAACUCUUGCCUCUACAUUCAGCAAUGGGAGGAAGAGAAACCCAGAAGCUGGCGUGGCAACAACUGAUCUGUACGGGAACUGUACUCUCCGUCAUUCUGGGACAUCUGCCGCAGCGCCAGAGGCCGCUGGUGUUUUUGCCUUGGCUUUGGAAGCAAAUCCCAUCCUAACAUGGCGGGACAUGCAGCACCUGACUGUACUGACCUCCAAACGCAACCAGCUGCAUGAUGAGGUCCACAAGUGGAGGAGGAACGGUGUGGGUCUGGAGUUUAAUCACCUCUUUGGUUACGGAGUGCUUGAUGCUGGUGGUAUGGUUAAAAUGGCCAAAGACUGGAAGACAGUUCCUGAAAGGUUCCACUGUGUAGGAGGAUCAGUUCAAGAGCCACAGAUAAUCUCAUCAGGUGACAAGCUGGUCUUAACAAUACCAACUGACGCAUGUGAAGGGAAGGAUAACUUUGUCCGUUAUCUAGAGCACGUUCAGGCUGUGAUAACCAUGAAUGCCACCAGACGGGGUGACUUAAAUGCCAACAUGACCUCCCCCAUGGGCACCAAAUCCAUUCUGCUAAGCCGGAGGCCAAGAGAUGAUGACUCUAAGGUGGGCUUUGACAAGUGGCCUUUCAUGACAACACAUACCUGGGGGGAGGACCCCAGAGGGACUUGGAUCCUAGAAGUUGGUUUUGUUGGGGGCACUGCACAGAAAGGUGUGCUGAAGGAAUGGACUCUGAUGCUGCAUGGGACUCAGAGUGCCCCUUACAUAGACCAAAUAGUGAAUGAUUACCAGUCCAAAUUGGCCAUGUCCAAGAAGGAGGAGCUGGAGGAAGAAUUGGAUGAAGCGGUAGAGAGAAGCCUGAAAAAUCUGCUGAAGAAAAAUUAGGUCUAGUAAACACUGCAUGUCUGUCUUUCACUCCCAAAUCCCACAUCCUAGCUGCUUUGUGAUUUACAACUACUGAAAUUAAUGUUUCCUGUAGCAAAAUUAUCACACCUCGUUGUGAUCUUAAACUUGUCUGUUGUAUAUUGUCAGUUAAUAAUUAAAUUUAAAUGACAAUUUUUUACACCAAUACUGUUAAUUCCACAAAUUUUAUGUACAGUUUGUGACUGUAAAGGAUCCUUGGUGUGUGAAAUUUAAAAGUGAAAUCUUGCAAGCAAA